AAAAAUAAAUACAGAGAAAUAAAAUGGAUUGGUGAUGUUGCUGAUAUACUAACACCCACAGAGCUUUGGAGAAGACCACUGUGCAACGUCCGUAUGGUAUGUCUGGGUUUUGUAACCCCAUUAAUCGCUUUGUCUGCAGUGAAAAGAUGGGACUUGGCCAGAUUUCACGGAGGAAAGUCCUCAGCCUUGAAAGACAUGUGGAGGAGGCAUACACUGGAAUGCAGUGAAUUCCAUGCUAUGGUAAUGGGGUCAUUUAAGUCUGACAGUGCUCUUGUAUGCUGAUGUACAUCCACCCAGGAUUUUGCUGGAGAAUUUCAUUAUACUUUUUUGAGGUAUAAAUUGAGUGAUUUAUAAUAGCUGAAGAUCUGUUUUCCCUUUAUCUUCUCUGUUAAUGGAGAAUGGGACAGAAGAGUUCUUUUUCCCUCUCUCCUAGCAAUCCUUUCCCCCAAUCUUUGGGAAGAAGCCCUUUGAAGCCUGCGUCUUCAUUGUUGUGAAACAUGGGCUUUGAACAGAACAAUGCCAUUUCUUCCCUCUUUCUUAGUUCUGGCUUUUUGGUACCUAAAAGAAGUGAUGCUUUCAGGGAGUUUUUGUACUAGUGGAGAAGCAGGAUGCAACAAAAGGUGCUUUUACACUUUUGAGCAUUUACUAUUUUUUGCACAUUCUUUCUUUUUCUCUCAUGUGAACUUUUUAUGGCUUUAGUUCUGUAGACAUUACAGCUUGUUAGAGUUCUACUGAUAUUUCAGUUUGAUGAAUUAAUGAUGCCCACCCCCAGCACCUUUCCUCUAGUGAGAAGGAAAUUCAGUUUCUGUCAGAUCAUUUUUGUUGUUAAAAUGCAUUCUACAGAUGAAAGUUCAACUUGUUAAAUGUAUGUGCUGGCAUUUGUGGUCUCAUGUCCCCAAAAUGAACUACAGAAAGGUAAAGACUCAUUACUUCACAAAAUAUUGUGUUAGUCUGUGUUUAUUUUACUAAAGGCAUCUACAGAUGGCAUCUCUUUAGCUUCUGUACUACAAUGAUUCCAGUCAAUGAACAAAAUGACCUUCAUGGGUGGAGUAACACCAGCAAAUUGGACUCUUUAAGAGAAUGACUAAUCUAUGGAUGUCUACCUUGUAAAAGGGACUGAAAGGGAGCUACUGGGAAUAACUCUGUGCCAUCUAAAUCUAGAGGCAAUUAUUAAAUGAGGGAUAUUUUGGUGCAAUCAGCUCCAUGAGAGAAAGCCUGUGUCAUCGCUGACUGAAGAAAACAAUAGAAGACUCUUCAUUAACACCACCAUGUUUUGGCAGAAGAUCUGGGUUUCAGGUGUCUUUUAACUACAGGAUUUCAAAAUGUCUACCUUUGUGACAUUCUUUCCACAUUAUCAUAUCUACCAACAACUCAUGGCAGAAAUGGAAUAAUGGAAGGAGCCCUCUGACCCAAGGCCUUGGUUCUCCAAUAAAGCUCAGCUUCUGCAAAUGACUCUCCCAAAGACUGGAUCUCUCAGAUUCAUAGGAGCUCAAGACUAUGGAAAUGAGCACAUGCCCUCUAAGGCUGCUGUUAGUACCUCAUAGGAGAUGGAGCUUUGAGAGAUCCAUGCUGACCAGCUUACGUUUUGCCUCUUGUCUAUUGCUAGAAUAGAAGCUCAUUUUAUGAUGUACUAACCCCGCUUAGCAGCUCUUAAAGAACACUAGCCAACAGCCUAUUAGUCUUGCUGGGUUCCUGCUUACUGGCAUUGCCAGUCAUAGCCUCCUGCUACCAGAGCUUCAGGUGCUUGAUUGACCUGCUGCUUUCCCAGGGCCAAGCCAGGACAGCCUUGAACUCACCCAACACUCCCUUGUGGUUGCACUUUUCAGGGGAAGAAAAGUGCUGGUGGGUAAGGUUUUCUUCAGAAAAUUGGCCUGCCAUUACUGAUUUCCUUGCUGGAGAACCCUUGAUAAGUCCGCAAUGAUCUCCUGAAUUCCCUAACCUAUUAUGGAAACCAUUGCUCUACCUCGUCCCAUCUAUUUACUUGUCAGCCAUGAAAUAAUUUCCCAUCUACUGAUAACCUGUAAGAUCUCCUGCCUAAAUAAAGAUGUUGAGCAUGAACCAAGUGGUGCUCAGGCCUUGUGUUUUUUCAAAGCAUAUGGGUGACAGCUCAUAGUAACAAGGAUGUCAGAAUUAUUUUCCUGUGCACUGCAGACAGAUCUCCAGAAUAUUAUGCACAGUUCUGAUCACAACACUUAACAAAAGGAUAUUAUAGAACUGGAAAAGAUAUAGAAAAGGGAUUUCAGGCAAACGAAUAAAGGGAAUUUUUCUACUUCCUCCUCCUCUACUCUUCUCCUUCAUGCAAAAUUAUGCAAAACUUGGAGCCUUUCUUUAGUUGCACUGUUGAAGUCCUUAAGAAGACUGGAAAAGGGACCUUGUAAAGGCUGCCAAACACAGCAAUCUUUCUCAACUUCACCACCUGCCUUGGAAUGGAUAUUGGAGCAAACUGGAAACUUUGACUGAAAAGCAACCAUUCAGGAGGAAGAGAACCAUGGUUGGUUCCUUUCAGAAGUCUACCAAGCAGUUCUCCCCUUCAGUUUCAUCCCUGUGAAGGGUCCUUCCCAUGCCUCUGUAGGAUUUCAGCAUAGAGCCAGUCUCCAAGCCAGCAAAGCCAGGGAGUUUGGUGACAGCAACCCUCUACUUCCAUGGGUCUUUAGGCUGAAGGAUUUGUGUUUCAAGGGGUCUUUGGCAAUGACUGGGAAGAGCGGGGGAUCUUUGUGCAUGGAGCAACUCUCCUUCUGCCUAUUCUUGAGUAUCUGCUCUGGCUGGUGGUAUCAGCCAGCCAACUCAGCUAAACCAAAAGGCCAAGGGCACCCACACAUGAACUCCAUCCGCCUUGAUGGUGAUAUCACCUUAGGGGGCCUGUUUCCUGUCCAUGGGAGAGGCUCAGAAGGCAAGGCCUGUGGGGAGCUGAAAAAAGAGAAGGGGAUUCACCGCCUAGAGGCUAUGUUGUUUGCUCUGGACCGAAUCAACAAUGACCCAGACUUACUCCCAAACAUUACCUUGGGAGCCCGCAUCCUGGACACCUGCUCUCGAGAUACCCAUGCCUUGGAGCAGUCACUCACUUUUGUCCAGGCCUUAAUUGAGAAGGACAGUACUGAGGUGCGCUGUAUCAAUGGGGGCCCACCCAUCAUCACCAAGCCAGAACGCGUGGUUGGGGUGAUUGGAGCAUCAGGCAGCUCUGUCUCUAUUAUGGUGGCCAACAUCUUGCGCCUCUUCAAGAUUCCACAGAUAAGCUAUGCUUCCACUGCCCCUGACUUGAGUGACAACAGCAGAUAUGACUUCUUUUCCCGUGUUGUCCCCUCAGACACCUACCAGGCCCAGGCAAUGGUGGAUAUUGUCAAAGCAUUCAAGUGGAAUUAUGUUUCAACCUUAGCCUCUGAAGGCAGCUAUGGUGAGAGUGGAGUUGAGGCCUUCAUCCAGAAAUCCAGGGAGAAUGGGAGCGUUUGUGUGGCACAGUCGGUCAAGAUUCCCCGAGAGCCCAAGGCAGGAGAGUUUGAUAAGAUCAUCCGGCGCCUCCUGGAAACCUCCCAUGCUCGAGCAGUCAUCAUCUUUGCCAAUGAAGAUGAUAUCAAAAAUGUGCUGAUGGCAGCAAAGAGGGCCAACCAGACUGGGCACUUCAUCUGGAUGGGUUCUGACAGCUGGGGUUCCAAAAUUGCCCCAGUGAGAGAUCUUGAAGAGGUGGCUGAGGGAUCGGUUACCAUCUUGCCUAAGAGGGCAUCUGUUAGAGGUUUUGACCGCUAUUUCUCCAGUAGGACACUGGACAAUAACCGUCGAAACAUUUGGUUUGCUGAAUUUUGGGAGGAUAACUUCCACUGCAAGCUGAGCCGCCAUGCUCUCAAGAAAGGAAGCACCAUCAAGAAGUGUACAAAUCGUGAACGGAUUGGCCAGGACUCUGCCUAUGAGCAGGAGGGAAAGGUGCAGUUUGUCAUCGAUGCUGUCUAUGCCAUGGGCCACGCACUGCAUAAUAUGCACAAGAACUUGUGCCCGGGGAAGAUUGGCCUUUGCCCCAAGAUGGACCCAGUCGAUGGUGCAGAGCUGCUCAAGUACAUUCGCAGCGUCAAUUUCUCAGGUAUUGCUGGGACCCCAGUGACAUUCAAUGAGAAUGGAGAUGCCCCAGGCCGCUAUGACAUCUACCAGUACCAGAUCAAGAAUGCCACACCUGAGUAUAAAGUUAUUGGGCACUGGGCUGAUCAUCUCAACUUAAAAAUGGAGCGGCUACAUUGGCCUGGAGGAGGCAACCGGGUGCCCACUUCGAUCUGCAGCCAACCCUGCAGGCCGGGCGAGAGGAAGAAGCUGGUGAAGGGCAUCCCAUGCUGCUGGCACUGUGAGCGCUGCGACGGGUACCAGUAUCAGCAGGAUGAGUUCCACUGCAAGGUGUGCCGCCUUAGCGAGCGCCCCAACGAGAACCAUACAGCCUGCAUCCCCAUCCCCAUCGUCAAGCUGGAGUGGAGCUCCCCAUGGGCUGUGGUGCCCGUUUUCAUUGCCAUUGUGGGCAUCAUCGCCACCCUCUUUGUGGUGGUGACGUUUGUGCGCUACAACGACACGCCCAUCGUCAAGGCCUCGGGGCGGGAGCUCAGCUAUGUGCUGCUGACAGGCAUCUUCCUCUGCUAUGCCACCACCUUCCUGAUGAUUGCUGAGCCCGACUUGGGCACCUGCUCCCUGAGGCGUGUCUUCCUGGGGCUGGGCAUGAGCAUCAGCUAUGCUGCCUUGCUGACCAAAACCAACCGCAUCUACCGCAUCUUUGAGCAGGGCAAAAAGUCAGUCAGUGCCCCGCGCUUCAUCAGCCCUGCUUCCCAGCUGGUCAUCACCUUCAGCCUCAUCUCCCUGCAGCUCCUGGGGGUCUGCAUUUGGUUCAUUGUGGACCCCUCACACUCCAUCAUCGACUAUGAGGACCAGCGGACUACAGACCCCCGCUUUGCCCGGGGAGUCCUCAAGUGUGACAUUUCUGACCUGUCCCUCAUCUGUUUGCUUGGGUACAGCAUGCUGCUCAUGGUGACCUGCACUGUGUAUGCUAUAAAGACCCGUGGGGUUCCUGAGACCUUUAAUGAAGCCAAGCCCAUUGGGUUCACCAUGUACACUACCUGCAUCGUCUGGUUAGCCUUCAUUCCCAUCUUCUUUGGGACAUCACAGUCGGCAGAGAAGAUGUACAUUCAGACUACAACAUUGACCAUCUCGGUGAGCCUAAGCGCCUCUGUGUCAUUGGGUAUGCUCUACAUGCCCAAGGUCUACAUCAUCCUCUUCCACCCAGAGCAAAAUGUACCUAAACGAAAGCGCAGCCUCAAGGCAGUUGUGACAGCAGCUACCAUGUCCAACAAAUUCACUCAGAAAGGAGGCUUCCGUCCCAAUGGAGAGGCAAAAUCAGAACUGUGUGAAAAUCUGGAAACACAAGCGCUGGCUACCAAACAGACUUACGUCAGCUAUAGCAACCAUGCGAUUUAAACCCAGCCAGUGGCAACUGGCCACAAGAAAAGGGCUGAUGAAGAGGACAAACUGGAAAGUGGAGUUGAACCCCUCAACACAGAUGACGUUAUGAUGGGGGAGAGGGUGAAACCAAGUGUGAUUCCAAGAAGGCAUCAUCUGGGUGCCCAUUUCUGAUGGCUGGGCUGUUGCAGGCAGCUCUUCAGGAAGAUGGCCACCAACAGCAGCAGAAAGAUUCAACCCACCACCCACCCCACAAGAGGCAUUUGCCUUCCACUGGAAGGAGAGGAACAGGCUAAUGGGGUGGAUAUCACACUGAGAUCCAGAAAGAAGGUGACAGAUCGUUAGCAACUUUUUUGGGUUUUGGAUUUUAUUUUUUGUUUUGUUUUGUUCCUGUAUCUUGGCAAAAGAAAAAGGAAAAAAAAAGAAAAAGAAUAAAUUUCCCUUUUAUCUCCCAAAUUGUGAGAUGGUUUGUGGUUGUGAAGAGUCUUUCUUUCUCUCAUUUUUUGUUCCCCCCACUUCAUUUUUUCAUUCCUGUCUUCCGACUUCUUCACUAUUUUCCCACCUUGCUUUCCCUUCUGUCUUCCCCCUCUCCUUACCAAAUUCUCUGUGUUGCAAAAAUAAUAAAAAACCUUAAAAAAACACAAAAAACCAUCAACAACAACAACAAAAAUGAAACAAAACCUAGACUGUGUUCAAAGUGCUGAUUUCUAUAGGUGGUAAAUUAAUGUAUGUGAUGACCAUAUGGAUUGAAAUAUGUCUGCUUUAAUGUACUGACCAAUCAAAAACUAUAAAAAAACUAAAAAAAAAAUCAAAAGUUCAGUGCCUGGAUGUUUAUGAAUUAUUCAAUGACAAUGUGUAGAGCAUGAUCAUUUUUAUACCAGAAUAUUUCUAAUAAAAACCAUGGUUUUGCA